AUGCUUAUUCUAAUGCUAAGCGGUCUGCAGAAUGCCUGCGCACCUGCCAACGAGCACAGCAAGACUCCGAAUCUGCACCACAACACUCCGCAUCUGCAUGGCGGAUACUGGAUCCCCUGGUGUGAUGGUGCACGCUACUCGACUCUGCACGACGACAGCGGCAGACCUUCACUUACCUCGUCUGGUGCUGACACGAUUACGCAGCCAUCUGCUGUGCUCGACGACGCCGCGAUGCAGGACGACCACGAUAGUCAACAGGAGAGGAUGGGAAGGGCACAAAGUUGCGGCGAGACGAGAGGUAGACAUGCGCGUGAUGCGUGCGCGUAUGGGGAUGGGGAUGGGUCGGGGAGGAUGGUGCAUGCUCGUGGAGAGGGAUGCUGUGAGCGAAACACGUCGACGACGCUCCUAACCCAUAUCGCCUCUCAGACUGCCUCCAACAUCGACUUUCUCGUUGCCAACGGGUAUGUCACCCAAACAGAGGCAGCCGGCCUGCAGAGAAAACUAUCCUCCCUCCAAUCAACAUCAACACCAGCGCCUGUUCGUUCGUCCGCCGUCGGGUCGUCUUCUAUCCCGCCUCCUCCACCAGCAGCACCCGCACCAACCGUCAUCCAAGUCAUACUCUGGGCAUACAACCUCGACGCCUCGGACCCCGACGACCUCUCCUUUGCAGCUGGGGACAUCAUCACCAUUGUCGAGGAGACCAACGCGGACUGGUGGCUUGGCGAGCAUAAUGGCUGCAGGGCCCUCUUCCCCGCGAAUUAUGUCGAGAAGAUCACCGCGCCUGCACCUGCAGCUAGGACUCUUCCUCCCGUGUAUAUCCCGCCUACGGGUAGUCGAUCCGUCCCUCCCGCUCCCGCGACGACGCAGAAGAAAGAGUACAAGCCCUUCAUGGCUGCUCAUUCAGGCUCCAAUGUUCCUCCGCCUCCUAGGGCUGGCACGAACUCCGUUGGGCUCCAGCAGGAUCCCGGUCAGGAGGGGAAGAAGAGCAAGUUUGGAAAGUAUGGUAAUACGAUGGCCCAUUCUGCUGCGGUUGGUGUAGGCUUCGGUGCUGGUGCGGCUAUUGGUGAUGGCCUUGUUAGAGCGAUAUUCUGA